UAUUAUUGUACAUUUUGUGAUUUUCCAGGCAAGAUCGGUUUUAUUUUUCUAUUACGAUGUUUAUUAACAACAAAUAACUAGAAUACUUGGGCAAUUACAGAAACAGAUGUACCCAAUUUUAAACGAAUAAAUUUCCAUGCUGGACAGCUAUGUUAAUAUUGUCACUCGUACAAGAGGCCCAAACGAGUAAAUUCAAAUCAUGUUUCGAAGCAGAAGUUGGUUCAGUGGAGGAUGGGGCAGACCCAAGAACCUACAUUCCCUAGAACAUUUAAAAUACCUCUACAACGUUUUGUCGAGGAAUCAAACUGUGUCCGAACACAACAGAGGACUGCUGGUAGAAUCGUUACGAUCCAUAGCAGAAAUUUUAAUAUGGGGCGAUCAAAACGAUUCUUCGGUUUUCGACUUUUUCCUGGAAAAAAAUAUGCUUUCUUUUUUCUUGCGAAUAAUGAGACAGCGCAGCGGAGGAUCCAGCUUCGUCUGUGUUCAGCUUUUACAAACACUUAAUAUUUUAUUCGAAAAUAUUAGAAACGAAACAUCUCUUUAUUACCUUUUAUCGAACAAUCACGUAAACUCGAUCAUUGUACACAAAUUUGACUUUUCCGAUGAAGAAGUCAUGGCCUACUAUAUAUCUUUUUUAAAAACGCUUAGUCUCAAACUGAACGCGCAUACGAUUCAUUUCUUCUAUAACGAGCAUACGAAUGAUUUUCCACUAUACACCGAAGCCAUAAAGUUCUUCAAUCAUCCCGAAUCGAUGGUAAGAAUAGCUGUUCGAACGCUAACACUAAACGUAUAUAAAGUAGACGACACCAGUAUGCUCGCUUUUAUCAGAGACCGAACAGCAGCUCCGUAUUUUUCUAAUAUCGUCUGGUUUAUCGGUAAGCACAUCCAAGAAUUGGAUACUUGCGUAAGAAACGACGCAGACCAUCAAUCGCAGAAUCGACUUUCCGACUUGGUGGCCGAACACCUAGACCACCUCCACUAUAUCAACGACAUACUAUGUUUAAAUAUAAUCGAUUUGAACCACGUAUUGACUGACCAUUUGCUCCACAAGUUGCUCAUUCCCUUGUACAUUUACUCGCUAUCGUCCGCCCGAAGGAAAAUGUCCGCGAACGAUACAGCCACCCAAAGGAUGUCUCUAACGCCCAAAUCUUCACACCACAACAGCCCAAAGUCGCACGAGAUGACGAACGGUAAAGUAUCGUGCGUGGUGGCGCUGUUCCUCCUGUCGCAGGUGUUCCUGAUCCUGUCGCAUUCGCCGUUGACGCAAACGCUGGCCUGGAUAAUCCUGAAGGCGGACAAAUCGGUGUUCGAGAGCGGCGUGGAUAAGCUGCACGAUUUCUUCGAGUACUACGAAAGGCGGAAGACGGAGGACGAGGCCUCGGGAAGCGGCCACAGCGAAAGGGACAGCGACAGUCCGAAGGAGAAUAUCCUAAGCGACAAAACUAAUAUAAAUAUCACCGACGAGGAGAAGGAGAAGUUGGCGGAUCCCGCCGAAGGAGCGGCUUCGUUGAAGAAUUUCCCGUUUUUGGAGACAGUGUACGAGGCGCUCGAUUGCACCGAGAACGAUUACGCGGCUUUGUUCGCUCUCAGUUUAUUAUACGCUAUGGCUAGUAACGAAGGUGUUACCUCGGAUAUAACGGAGCAAGUUUUGAGACCGAAGAAAUUGUAUGUUUCGAAGAAUUCCGAUGUCUCCAAAGACGCGCUAUACAAUACCUAUUUAGUAGAAAAAGUAUUGCAAAUAAUCAUCUUCUCGUGCCAACCGUCUUGUAGAGUGCGUUUGGUUACGCUCGAGCUGGCUCUGAAAUUGUUUGUGCAGUUGACCGUUUGCGACGGGAAAACGGUCCUGUCGGAAUCCCAUAGGAAUACAGUGGAGACUGCCAGGGUGCAGAGCAUGGCGCUUUUGAGGAACUUCUACAAAAGCGAAGAGAUAUUCCUGGAUAUGUUCGAACACGAAUACUGUGAUAUGUCGAAAGGUUCUUUGAACGUCGAAUGGCUGUGUAUGGAUAGUGCAAUUUUAUUACCCCCGACGGGCACUCCGAUGACCGGAAUCGAUUUCACGAAAAGACUACCCUGUGGGGAGGUGGAACGCGCGCGAAGAGCAAUCAGGGUAUAUUUCUUAGUGCGAAACUUGGUGCUAACUCUAAACGGAGAAGUCGAAACGCAAUUGCCGCUGACGAACCCGCAGAGCUGCGUGCAAAUCGACCAAGCCCUGGACCUGAACAAUUCGGACCUGAUAGCCUGCACGGUGGUGUACAAGGACGGCGCGAAGAUGCGCCGGUUCCUCGUCAUAGACAUACUCCAGCUGAUCCUGGUCGAGCCGGACUCCAAGCGGCUGGGCUGGGGCGUCGCCAAGCUGGUGGGGUUCCUGCAGGACAUCGAAGUGACCGGCGACAAGGACGACUCGCGGUGUUUGCACAUCACCAUCCACCGGCCCAUAUCGGGCGCCAGCUCGAACCGAGUGCCCUUACUGAACGCCAAAUUCGUCUUCGACGAUAACAUCAGAUGCAUGGCGGCCAAGCAAAGGUUGACCAAGGGGCGAAUAAAGGCCCGACAGAAGAAGAUGCAGCACAUCGCGCGGCUGCUGGAGAUCCCCGGUCAAUCGGGGCCGCCGAGUCCGGCGUUCGCCGGUCAAGGGGCUUCUUACAGCCGUUCGGCGCGACCGACGGCUCGAGCUGAAAACAGGUUUCUGUUCAACAUCAACCGAGGACCAGGAUUUGCUGCUCCUAGAAGGGAAAGUUCCCCCGGCGUAGUCCAUCGCGCUGACGAGUCGAUGAGGCGCCUCAGAGACGGCGAGAGCCCUAAUAGAGCGCCGAACGCGCGGAGAGAUAGCGGUAGGAAAGAGACCAGGUCUAAAGAGCGCGUUAAAUCGAGAGAGGGUUCGCCUAGAAUGCCCAGGCCUCGAUCGGAGGAGAUACCUUUGGAGUUGAUUAAAAAAGCGCCGCAGUCUAUUAUCGACAUGGCGCCGAAGAUCACGAUUCUGCCGAGACCGCAAACGCCGAAAAUUGCAAACGAGCCGGAACCUUCUACGUCCAAUGAGCCACCCAAAGAAACGCCAAAACUGGACAUUUCCGUGUCCAAAGAAACUUCCUUCAUUGCGGAAGAAAACGGAGAAGAAACGGAAGAAAAAUUAUAGUAGAUUUUUAUUUUUACGAUAAGUAUAUAGGCUAGGGCGGCUGUUGGAGUUAUUGUACAUUAAAAUGUAUAUAAUAAAUAAUAUGUUCUUAAUUUUAGUACUUUUUUGCCCUUUUUAGUUAAAUUAUUUCAACUAGAGUUAUCACAUAAUUGUUUUCAUUACAACGAGAACCUAAUGAGUAAUUUUAUGAAUUUGUACAGCUCGUAUAGCGAAGCGGAAUUGUCCGCAUCAUCGGUAUUGUCGUUGGAAUAAUCCAUCUGAUAGUAAAUUUCGUUUUCGGAAACGGUAUCUAGGUACAUAAUUGACUUCUUUAGGCUACAAUCGCUUAUUAUCGUCGAAUUGUCGCGGCCUCUUUCGCAAUCAAUCACUUCGAACGAUUUGUCCAGGCAAAUUUGUAUCUCGCUAAUUAGGGGCUCUUUCGUGUGCGAAUCGACGAUGCAUUCGAUUUUGGGCUCGUGAUUCGUCGCGGAUUUAAUGGCCUCCUCUAUUUGCUGAACGGUGUAGCCCAACUUGCCCGGAGUGAUUUUACUGGUGCUUAAGUAUUCCAAGAGAUUGUAUUUCUUGUUCAGUUCUAAGCCUGCAAAUAAACA